AUGAUCCGCGUUCUACAGAUAAACGUCGGAGUAUGCAGGGCGUCGCAAGAACUCGCGCUUGCGACUGCCAAUGCAAAUGAAGCAGAUGUGCUCAUCAUCUGCGAGAAAUACCGCGACCGCGGCGAGGAUAAUGGCUGGUUUCCCGAUGCGAACGGCAGAGCAGCCAUCGCUGUUCUAAGCAGCAUUUCGGUCGAUGCAAUCGGCCAGCCAUCGCCUGGUUUCAGAUGGCUGGAGACGAAAGGAUUUAGGCUAUACAGCUGUUACAUUUCACCAAAUGUAACUUUUUUGGAAUUUGAGGCCUUUCUGGAUGAUCUGGAAACAAGCAUCAGUGCCCCCGUGAUCGUUGCAGGUGACCUAAACUCUAAAUCGCCGGAGUGGGUCAGCUCAAUUGAGGACCGUAGAGGGCAAGCACUAGCGGACCUACUAGCCUCUACAGGGCUAUCGGUCUGCAACCAGGGGAACCAACCCACAUUCGUCAGGGGUUCGUCUGAGUCACAUCUGGACCUUACGCUAGUCACUCAGGCUUCCGCAAGUAAUGUAACCAGCUGGACGGUGAUGGAAGAGGAGUCGCUUAGUCUACAUCGCUACAUAAGAUUUGAAGUGGCAGGCGGCAACGUCCACCACCGAAACACUAUUAAAAAGCACUGGGCCUACCGGAAACUGGACUAUCCAGGACUUGUUGGAAAGCUCAGGAAAGAGGCUCCUCCACCACCAGUGGAUGCAGCUGCAGCAUGCUUAGACGCCACGACAUGGCUUUCAGAGACCUGCGAUCCGUGCAUGCCUCGCGCAAGCGGAAACAAUAAAAGGCGGCCAGUUUACUGGUGGAACUCUGCAAUCGCGGAGCAACGCAAGGCGUGCAUCAAGGCCAGAAGAGCCUACCAGAAAACGUAA